CGUCAGAUCCCCUUCCCCCUCACUGCGCCUGUUGCGAAUGAACGAGACGCCAUCGCGUCGCGAGAAAACCAGAAAGCUCCCUUCGAUGUGCAAAUCGCGUUUUCUCAUCAACCUAUCACCUCGCAUCCACUCUGUCCUCUAGCUUCUCUCAUCCCACGUCAGGUGCUACACAUCUCGACCAUCCUGCUGUCCCGUAGCAUCAGCUUGUACCGUGAGAGCGCACAUAAGCUGCGCGUCAUAAAGGGAACGGCCCAACAUGGUCACCACAGCCGCCGCCGCAACCGCUUCUUCCUCUUAUCCUCUCCCGCCCACAUCCUACUCAGUUCGCAAGUCCUCCUCGGCCCCCGUCCGUUCGCAGCUGGUACAAACGCGGAUAGCCCGGACAGACUUGACACCGAACAACAUCGGCACAGUGCGCAAGCUCAAUGCGGUUUUGCUACCAGUCACUUAUUCAGAACGAUUCUACAAGGAUGCGCUGAAGGAGGAGGUGAGAAACAUUUGCAAGAUUGGCCUUUUCAAUGACAUUCCCGUAUCCAAUCUCAUCUGCCGCUACGAGCCGCAACCCGAGUCUGCCGGCUGCAUUGGGAAAGUGAAGGUCUACGUAAUGACGCUGGGCGUGCUUGCGCCGUACCGGCGGCUGGGAAUUGCCUCGAACCUCAUCUCUCACCUGCUCACUGUCGCAAGCUCGGGCACCAUCGUCAGCCUGCCGGAUCCCGAUGCACCUCCCUCACCGGCUCCGAAACCUGCACCAAAGGGCAAAGAUGGCGACAAGAAGAAAGCAGAGGCGCCAAAAGUGCCAACGAAGGAUUACGAGAUCGAAUCAAUUUACUUGCAUGUGCAGACAUCGAAUGAGGAGGCGCGCAAGUUUUACGAAAAGCAUGGCUUCAAGGUCGUAGAGGAGCUGCCGACCUACUACAGGCAAGGGGUGGUGCCGCGAUCUGCAUGGGUCUUGGAGUAUCGGUAGUGUUGUCACCAGACUGUAAAAGGCAUAACGAUUUGUAAUUCUUCGCUUCUACUCUCUGGGGUGAUGCUUGUGGUGUGGUAUUACUUUACAAAUGCACUGUUCAUGC